AUGCUGCUAAGUGGAUUGAAUCGCCUUCUUAAAGUCACUCUAUUUAUUAAACCCAGUCAUGAACAGUUUACACGCCACACGUCUUUUUCUCACUUUCUUUAUUUACUGAAAAUUCUUCCGUUUCCCUUGUUUUUUAUUCAGUCAUAUUACUUCUUUCUUUCUCUUUCCCUUUUCUUCCUUUCUUUCUUUCUUUUUCUUUUUUCUUUUUCCCUUUCUUUCUUUUUCAUUUUUCUUUUUCCUUUUCUUUCUUUCUUUCUUUCUUUAUCCUUCCCUUUCUUUCUUUCUUUCUUUCUCAUUUUUUCUUUCUUUAUCUUUCCCUUUCUUUCAUUCUUUCUUUCUUUUUCUUUUUUAUCUUUCCUUUCUUUCUUUCUUUCUUUCUUUCUUUCUUUUAUCUAUCUUUCCCUUUCUUUCUUUCUCAUUUUACUUUCUUUAUCUUUCCCUUUCUUUCUUUCAUUCUUUCUUUCUUUCUUUUUCUUUUUUAUCUUUCCCUUUAUUUCUUUCUUUUCUUUAUCUUACCCUUUCUUUCUUUCUUUCUUUCUUUCUUUCUUUCUUUCUUUCUUAAAGUAUAUCCAUCUGUUUCGCUUCCUUUUCGGUUUUUCCUUCUUUUUCUUCUCUAGCUCCGUCUGUAUCGAACUCUUUCAUCACCUUUUCUUUUUCUCACAACUUAUCCGUUCUUUCUCUUACCAACUGACUUUUUAA